AUGGAGGAAGAAGAAUAUUUCUGCCCUAGCUUUAGUAGCUAUUCUUCAAAUAGAGUGGUGGAAAUUGCCGGUAAAAUCUCCAAUGAAAUUAACGGUGACGGUGCUGAUGAUUUUGAAUUCUCUGUUGGAUGUGAAAAUCCAGAUGAUUUCCCCUUCGACCGUCAAAUCAAACCUAUUUUCCCCGUUUUCAACCGCGAUCUGUUACUAAACGGCGUUUGUGAUAACGGCGAGCCAUCGGAAAAAGUUGAUAGUUCAGUUCAAGUAUCGUUAAAGGAUUUGUUCUUAGAAGAACGCGAACCGUUAUCGUCAUCAUCUUCAGAGGUUGAUGAGUUGGAAAGUGUACCUCAAGGAACCUAUUGUGUAUGGAAACCGAAGUUAACCGAGCCGUCACCGAGUACAUGUAAGAAGAGUAAUUCAACAGGAUCGGUGUUUAAGCGGUGGAGUAUUCGAGAUUUGAUGCGUAGGAGUAAUAGCGACGGCAAGGACAGUUUCGUAUUUCUGGAAAAAGGAAUGAAAAAUGAGACUUCUAAAGCAAAGGGCUUAACGGAGACGUCAAAGGUUGCCGGAAAAUUAAAGGCAAAAGGCGGCGACAAGGCGUCUUCAGUUUAUUUAAGGAAUCAAGCGGCAAAGGAAAUGGAUAAGAAUAAGAGGAAAUCAUAUUUACCAUACCGGCAAGAUCUAGUAGGUAUUUUCACAAAUGUCAACAAUUUCGGUAGAACUUUUCCUCCUUUUUAG